AUGAUGAGGAUACGCUCUGUUUUUGUCACGCUCUUUGGGGCCUUUUCUUCGCUGCCAAUGACAACAGCCGCCAAUUGGGGUUUCCCCUACGGAACUCAAAAAGUACGCGGUGUUAACUUGGGGGGAUGGCUUGUCCUCGAGCCCUGGAUUACUCCCUCUUUGUUCGAUAACACUGGCGACUCGAGGAUUGUCGAUGAAUGGACUUUUGGUCAAUUUCAGGAUAAGGCAACCGCUACAAGCGUUCUUCAGAAUCACUGGAACACGUGGAUUACCGAGGCGGACUUCGCAGCCAUUGCUGCUGCUGGCCUCAACCAUGUUCGACUUCCUAUCGGCUAUUGGGCAUUCGACGUGUCCGGGGGCGAACCUUUCAUACAAGGACAACUUCCAUAUCUUACCAAAGCGGUCACUUGGGCACAAAACCACGGGUUAAAGUUAAUUGUUGACUUACAUGGCGACUAUGACAACUCUGGUCAGAAAAUGAGCUCACCGACAUGGCAAACCAAGCAAAACAAUAUUGAUCGUUCUGACGCUAUCAUCAUGCGUUUGGCGUCCAUGUUUGCAGGAAACACCGGCACGGUGCCCAUCAUUGCCCCUCUAAACGAUGACCAGUUAUUAUCCGUUACCAGACAGUACUGGUACGAUAGCUACGGAAACAUCAGAUUUCCAUUCGGGACAUCGCAGCAGAGCAACAUAGUCGUGAUGAUCCAUGAUGCCUUCCAACCUCUCAGCUACUGGAGUAACUUCAUGCCUUCUCCCCAAUGGCAGGGCGUUAUAAUUGACACUCACAUUUACCAGAUGUUCUCUCAAGCCCUGGUUUCCCAAACCAACGCUCAGCACAUAUCUACCGCAUGCGGCCAGCUGUCUUCCCUCUCGAACUCCCCGCUCUGGACUGUUGUUGGAGAAUGGACUCCUGCCCCCAACGACUGUGCCAAAUAUCUGAAUGGCCGUGGCACAGGUUCUCGUUACGAAGGCACCCUUUCCGGAUCAACGAGAGUUGGGAGUUGCACGGGCCUCACUGGGAAAGCUUCAGGCUUUAGCUCUAGUUACAAGACCUUCCUCCGCCAGUACUGGGAAGCGCAGACCCAAACGUACGAAAAGGGAAACCAAGGAUGGAUUCAGUGGACGUGGAAAGCUGAAGCUGCUGAUGAAUGGAGCUACCAGGCUGGUUUAGCUAACGGUUGGAUUCCGCAGAACCCUACAAACUAUCAAUUCCCGAAUAUCUGUGGAUAA